CAAGGGGCUGGGCAGGAGGAGGAGGAGGACCCGGUAGCCCCGUAAGGGAGACAGAAGGGUCACUCCUGCUCGGGAAUCCGGAGUGAAUCCCGAUCACGUUGUAAAAUCAAAAGGGGGGGAGAGGGGCGAGGCGGAGACGCUGUAACUUGCAUCCCCGUACGGAGAAUUUACACACUGCACGCGCUCAGAGGCACGCUGCCUGCCCUCGGGACGAAUUCGAUUUGAGGGAGGGGGGAAAAGCAUAUUCCGGGUCGCAAAUUUGAGCCCGGCAGGAGAGCAAAAGUGGGAGCACGCGAGACGAUUUCGGGGAGGGAAAGAGGGUUUUAUUGACACAGAAGUGGGAUGCUGCGAUUCUCUUUCGAAAACCAGAUACUGACGUGGAAAUGCUUGUAAACACGGACUGUACACUUUAGAGGGCUUGGAUACAGUUUAUGGAUGAGGCUUUUUCUUCCUUAUUAUGCAAAGGUAGUGGCUAUUUUCUACAAUUAGCCACUGAAAUCAAGUACAGUAGUUACACUCUGGAGGGCAUCCAGGACCCCACUAGCAGUGUAUUCAGACACUGGAGAUUGUAACAAGGCCUACACUUCCCUGGCCAAGCUACAACUGCUGUAGUCCAUCUUGUGGAUCAGGAUUUCUUUGGUGUCAGCAUGAUUGUACCCUUAUUAAGCCUCCACGUCAAGUCUUUAGGAGCGAGCCCAACAGUUGCAGGAGUGGUAGGGUCUUUAUAUGGAAUUCUACAACUAUUUUCCAGUACAUUAGUGGGAUCUUGGAGUGAUAUAGUAGGAAGAUCAUAUUGCUUACUUGUCUGUAUUCUCUUCAGUGCGUUGGGUUACUUUGUGCUUAGUAUGUCCACCAAUAUAUUUUUAUUUGCCAUAGCUCGGAUUAUUGUAGGUAUUUUUAAACAUACUCAUUCUGUUUCGAAGGUUGUAAUCUCUGACUUGGUUCCUGAGAAUGAACGCCUCCUGGUAAUAGGACAUUUCAACGCAGCUUCCAGUACCGGUUUCAUUUUAGGACCUAUUGUUGGGGGCUACCUUACUGAGUUAGAAGGUGGCUUUUUCCUGACAGCCUUCAUCUGUGCAUCCCUCUUCAUCUUGAACGCUGGUCUUUUUUGGAUGCUGCUGUGGUGUGAAAAAAAGAUAUACGGCAAUGAAUGGACCGCCACUAACAAAGUGAAAGAUGUUCUCUCAGCAGAGGAGGAAGAAAACUUGGAGCUUAUUUCUUUACCUCACGACGCUAUGGAAGGCAGUCCUCCCGCUGUAUCCUCUUGGACUCAGGUUCUAUCUGUGCUGAAGAGGCUCAGCAGCAUCGCAAGGUCUGAUCUGUGGGAUGUUUUUCUGGUACGGCUUUUGAUGUCCAUUGCAGUCAUGCUGUACCAUAGCAAUUUUGUCUUGGCACUUGAAGAGAGAUUUGGGAUUAAGCCUAAAUUCACGGGCUAUCUCAUAAGCUACAGCAGCGCCCUCGGAGUAGCUGCUGGCUUUCUGCUUGGACCAAUCACAAGACUGUACCAGCACCAGACCUAUGCCAUCUUACUACGGUCAAGCGUUGUCACUUGUGUGUUUAUGAUGUUACAUUCUUCAUCAGCAAGUGUGUGGAUUGUGAUCUUGUCUUCCACAGCUUUAGCAUUUUCAACUACCGUUGGACGUACUUGCAUUACUGACCUUGAACUAGCCCUGGGCGGGAAUGAAGCCAGUGGCAUGCUCAUAGGUGUCGGUCAGUCAGUCUCAGCUGUGGGCCGCAUAAUUUCACCUCUUCUCUCAGGAAUUGCCCAGGAGUUCAGCCCCUGUGGGCCCCCCGUUCUUGGAAGCCUUCUGGGAUUUAUCGCUGUGGUCAUAAUGGUCUUGAAUAAAUCAGAGUAUUCUGGCCUUAGGAGCAGAAAGUUGAAGAGAACCUAGUGAAUUGUUUGCCAUACUCUUAUUUAAACAAAAGCAACAUAAUUGGGACAAAUGAAGGUCUUGUAUCAAAGUUGGUAAGUGUUCAGAGUGGUUGCGUUCCAUCUAUAGAAUACUUGGGAAAUGACCUUUAAAGGAAAAAAAAA